GUUAUCUUACGCAUCCUCGUACUGGCGGCAUAGCUUCGUCCCCCCAACACACAACCCUAACCUAAAGCUGCUACGCCGUGACUCUGUGGUCGACGGAAAAAAAUGAAGGUGAAAAAGCAGAAGAGGCAUAGGAAGAUUUUGACGUUUUACACUGCUUGCUUCGGUUUUCGGAAGCCUUUCAAGGUUCUAUGUGAUGGCACAUUCGUGCAUCACCUUCUUGUGAAUCGAAUAACCCCUGCUGACACGGCCAUUGGCAAUGUUCUCAGUGCUACGGUCAAGCUCUACACAACAAGAUGUGUUCUAGCUGAGUUGAAUCGACUCGGUAGCUCGUAUUCUGAGGCUCUGGAGGCAGCUCAUAAACUUAUAGUUGCAAGAUGUGAGCAUGAAAAAUGUAAGAGUGCAGAUGCUUGCAUCAUGGAGGUUGUUGGAGGAAAAAACUCUGAGCAUUUCUUUGUUGCUAGUCAGGACACUGACCUGCGGAAAAAGUUGCAAGAGGUACCUGGUGUGCCUCUCAUAUUUGGUCUUAGAAAUGCUCUUUUCCUUGAAUCUCCAUCUGCAUUUCAGCGGCAAUAUGUCAAAACUUCUGAAGAAGGACGAUUGCAUAUGACUCAGAAGGAGUACCAGAUAUUUAAGGAUAGGGUAAUGAAUAGAUUGACUGGUGAGGAAGCUAACCAUUCCAUUUCUCAAAUAAUGGAAAAUGACGAUUCAGAAGAUCAGACCAUAAAUGUGCAGGCAGUAAAGAAGGGUAUUACUGCAAGGAAUCAUAUGGAAAUCAAGGAUAAACCUCAGUUCAAGAGAAAAAGAGCUAAGGGCCCGAACCCACUUUCAUGCAAGAAGAAGAAAAGUGAAAAACAAAAUAUUGGUCCUUUGAAGGAAACAGAUGGAGACAACUCAGUGAAGAGAAGUAGGAAAAGAAAGAGGUCACAGAGACGGAAAAUGCCAACAGAAACAGGCAGUUAGGUGGAUCUUUUUUAUAUAUACAGUUACAAAUAGGAAUUUUUAGAGAGCUUCUUGACUUUACUGCUUCUGUUGAGUGGAGAGAAAAGCAAGUUUUACUUUUGAUCCAUGCUGACAUGGGAGGGGAAAGUGUAUCUAGAUUAGUUGCAUGUUGAAUUUUAUACUGUUUCUAUUUUGCUGGCGAUCGUAUUUUUACUUAACUAUGGAUACCCAAAUAGCCGUUGGUCACAAAAUUGCUUCUGAUAUUUAUGAUUAUGAUCUAAAUGAAUUUUACUUGCAAUGGUAA